AUGACACCGUGCUCAUCGGGGGGAGCAGGCAUCGCGGACAUGAUGCUGGCACUUCUUCGGAAGGCCGACAUUCCCUAUGAUAGCUAUGAGCGAGCUGCAGAAGUAAAAGCCCUUGGAUCGGCACUGUACUUCAAUGCAAUGACGGCACGGAUCUUCAAGAAGGUGGGGAUCAACGACGAGCCGUAUGCCAUGGGCGAGAACACGACUUGUAUCCAAAUCGCGAGCGAGUUCGGAUCGAAGGGAUACAUCAUUUGGAGACCCAUGAUAUACGACGUCCUCCGUCGCCAGGUCCCCAAGGAACGCUUCCAAAUGGAUCGCAGGGUCGUCUCGAUCUCUCAGCAAGACGAUGUUGACAAAGGCGGCAAUGAAGGAAAGGGCGCCGUGACGGCCGAGUUUCAGGACGGAUCAGCCGUUCGCGCAGGGAUCUUGGUGGGCGCCCGAUGUGCAGUCCGCCUAGAGGCUGACGAUGGGCGAACUGACCAACUGGACGCCCAAGAGUUGAUCUCCAAGGUUAUGCUGGAAGAAAAGGUCUUCGAGACCUGGCACCAUGGCCGUGCUGUCUUAAUCGGCGAUGCGUGCCAUAAGCUGAACCCAGCAGGAGGGUCAGGAGCCAAUUGCGCGAUCCAUAACGCAGUAGCCCUGGCCAACAGUAUCAAUGCCCUUCCCGAAACCCUCACAAGAGCCUAUAUCGAUCAAGUCUUCAAGGCCUAUCGGAAUGAACGUCCGCCCUGGGUUAAAGCGGCCUUCAAUUUCAGGAUUGAAGCAACGUUGACGCGCUUUCUGUCAAGAAAUAUGCUAGACUGGAUCUCAGGAGGAAUCAACAUGCUCUACUACCAACCCCAGGCAGCAUUCCUUCCACUGAUUGAGAACCAGAGGACUGUUGGGCAAGCCUUCCAGGAGGGGUUGGAUGAUGCCCUUCCCAUUGUCGAGGCGCGCAGGAAAAGCAAGCUCGCUUCUGGACAUACUACUGGAGCCGCUACUACUACUGCCACCCAGACAGCCGAUGCUCGUGCCGUGUAA